UUUUCAAAUUUUAUUCUUUGUUCACUGAGCGUCUUUUUCGGUUGCAAAUUUAAUUUACCCGCAGCAAUUUUGAGUCCGUGCUGCUUUCGUGUUACCUCUAGUUAUUGAGGAAAAACUCACCACAAUGGCCGACUGCCAGGAACGAACCUACACAAUGGAUGAUCUUCCGCAGCUGAUCGACGGUGUUAGCUCGGAACACGUAGUGGGAGUGACACAGAUAAUUGUCAAUAUGAUGUCCCAUCCGGCUUACGGCAACACGUACCACUGGACGAAGGAUGAUUUUGAGCUGGGCUGCCCGCUAGGAAGGGGUAAGUUUGGUCGAGUCUAUUUGGCCCGGGAAAAGCACACCAAGUUUAUGGUCGCCAUGAAGGUAAUGUUCAAGUCGGAAGUAGUCAAAGGACGGGUGGAGAAGCAGAUUUUGCGGGAAGUUGAGAUUCAAUCCCGACUCAAGCAUCCUCACAUUCUCCGUCUGUAUACAUGGUUCCACGAUGAGCGUCGCAUCUAUUUGGCGCUGGAACUUGCUUCCCAAGGUGAGUUGUAUAAACAUUUAAAACAAUCACCUAAUGGACGAUUUGAGGAGAGAAGAGCGGCCAAAUACACGUACCAAGUGGCGGAUGCUUUGAACUAUUGCCACGCGAAUAACGUUAUCCAUCGCGACUUGAAACCAGAGAACAUUCUGCUGACGGAUGACGACAACGUGAAAUUAGCUGAUUUCGGAUGGUCCGCUCACACCCAUUCGAACCGACGGAAGACGAUGUGCGGCACGCUGGACUACCUGCCACCGGAGAUGGUCGAUGGAAAAAUAUACGACGAUUCCGUGGAUCAGUGGUGUUUGGGCAUUCUGUGCUUUGAGUUUUGUGUCGGUUUUCCACCGUUCGAGUCCGAAACGACCGAGGCCACUUACGACAAAAUUCGGCGACUGAAAAUUGAUUAUCCACGCUUCAUGAGUGCGGGAGCGAGGGAUUUAAUUUCGAAACUGCUGCGCAAACCGAGUAAUUCUCGGAUCACUCUGGUGGACGUGAUGACCCACUACUGGAUUAAGGGGGACCAAUAAUUUCAAUAUGUAGUUUGUUUGAAACCUGUUUUAAGUUUUUUUUAUCAAUAAAUGUAUUAUGUCUUUAUAAAAUUAUCGAUGUAACUUAUUUUAUGUGAAAAAUCAGGGCAGCAGUAUUAUAAAACAAA